AUGUCUGCUGUUGGUAAUAAUGGUACUCUGCAGGUUACUUUUAUUGAAGCUUUAGACCAGCUCAUGCCGGGAUUUGAUCCUGAAAUUAGCAAGUUGGCUCAGAGGGUUCUCAUAAAUCCCCGGAAUAUUGACUAUCAUACUGGAGUUUUUGCAUCCAAGAUCACUCCUGCAAGAGAUGGAAAACCUGUCACAAUUGAGCUCAUUGAUGCAAAGACCAAGGAACAAAAGGACAGUUUAGAGGUGGAUGCUGCACUAAUAGCAACAGGAAGGGCUCCAUUUACACAAGGUCUUGGAUUGGAGAAUAUUGAUGUUGUAACACAGCGUGGUUUUGUUCCUGUGGAUGAGCGCAUGAGAGUACUUGAUGCAAAUGGAAACCUGGUUCCUCAUUUGUAUUGCAUUGGUGAUGCAAAUGGCAAGAUGAUGCUUGCUCAUGCUGCCAGUGCACAAGGAAUUUCAGUGGUUGAACAAGUCACUGGAAGAGAUCACGUGCUCAAUCAUUUAAGCAUACCAGCUGCUUGUUUCACUCAUCCUGAAAUCAGCAUGGUUGGAUUGACUGAGCCUCAAGCAAGGGAGAAAGCUGAAAAGGAGGGUUUUGAAGUAAGUGUUGCCAAAACAAGUUUUAAAGCUAACACAAAGGCCUUAGCUGAAAACGAAGGGGAGGGUCUUGCCAAGUUGAUAUACAGACCUGACACUGGAGAGAUAUUGGGAGUCCAUAUAUUUGGGUUGCAUGCUGCUGAUCUCAUCCACGAGGCAUCCAAUGCAAUAGCACUAGGAUCACACAUUCAGGAUAUAAAAUUUGCAGUUCAUGCUCAUCCGACUUUGUCUGAGGUGCUUGAUGAGCUAUUUAAAUCAGCAAAGGUUAAAGCACAAGCUUCUGAGCCAGUAAAGGAAGCUGUUGCAGUUUAAUCUUCCUUAAGUAUCUGCUUUACAAGAGAGUUUCCUGUACAACGGAGUUUCAAUGCAUUUCACAUCUUCUGGCUGAAUACUUCAACACAUUCAGUAUCCUGUAAAAGAAGGGAACCAUUGAAGGAGUCUCACCAAUGAUCUCCGAAUGGGAUGAAUGUCGAUAUAUUAUUUUCUUGGCAUACUUUUGUGUCCAGCAAAGAUUAUAUUCGUUAUUUUUGCGCUUUAGAAACUCGUUUCCUCCAAGGUGUAGUCAAGAUGCUUCUUGUUCGAAGGCCUGUGAGAGUGUAGUCUAUUUCUCAGUGCUUCAGUUUUGAUUGAACAUGUACAUGAACUGUCAAUUUUUCUUGUAAGGUUUCUCAUGAAAUAACCCUGUUGACCCAAUAACACAGUCCACUAGAUAAAGCAAUUUUGUUCUCUUGUUUCUUGUCUCCCUGCUGUUAUCAUUGAUCUUUCCAAUCAUUGUAUGGCAAGAAGAAGCUCAAGGACCACGAGUUCAUGAUAUGAUCAAG